CAUACGGAUUUUGAGGAUAAAAUCAGUAUGAACCACAACUUGCUUCACUUCGUUUUUGUUUCGACACUUCGUGCUCUAGUAUCAGGUGGCAGUACAGGAGUAGCGGUUGGUGAGUCGUGUACAACUGCCUCGGCUUGUACAGCUCCGGGAGACGUGUGCCAAAAUGGCGUUUGUAAAAUAGGUGUUGCUGGGGACUGCUCCUUGCAUAAUUCAAGUUGUAUAGAGAAUGCAGAAUGCGUCUCAAAUAUAUGUGAAUGCAACCCACACUUUAUAAUGUCCGAUGGUGCUUGUGUAGAUCCGGGCCCGGAUUUUCGUUUGCAUCAGAUUAAUGGCGUGGAAACUGACAAUAUUCUUGAAGUUUAUUUGAACGGCAUAUGGCGUGCAGUUGGAGUAAACGGCUACCAAUUUCCGGAAGCGACAGCACAAGUUGUCUGCAACCAUUUCGGAUAUGGAUAUAUAGGUUACAGCUCGACGCUCACAUCUACAGAAUACAAUUACACAGCAGGCUUAUGGUCCAUGGAUUUAUUGAAUUGCGGAGAAAAUGCCACUGAAUUAAGAGACUGUGUUAAUCCAGCAUAUGUAAACAUAACAACGCCACUUAUGGGAUUACCGAUUCGGCGGAUUAAGUGUUCAGGGUUAAACGUAUCUAAGAUUCGCUUAACUGGAGGCGAAGUUCCUAGCGAAGGGCGCUUGGAAGUAUUGGUUGGAGCACAAUGGGGAACUGUUUGCACAUUUGUAGUAGAACCGUACGCGGGAUAUCCGUUGAGCUCGGACAAUAAAGACAGAAUAUGCCAGAUGCUAGGAUAUUUCCAAAGAUCAUCAGAUUUCUACAAAAGCCAACUUACAAACGAAGCGUUCAAUCCCAUUUUGCUGACACUUGAAGGUUGCUCCGAUUUAACAUCACUAGUCUUUGAAAAACAUUGUAAUGUUAUUAAAGGCGAAUUCCAAUACUGCGGAUUCCACUCGCAUGAUGUUCUUCUUAAGUGUGAAGCAAUACGCCUGGUGGAUGGUCCAAACACCUACUCCGGACGAAUAGAGGCAUCAAUUAAUGGGAGCUUAGUGACACUAUGUGACUAUCGCUUUGACAUUCAGACUGCAAACGUAGCGUGCAAUACAUUCGGAUAUACCGGCGCAAGACAGGUCAUAUCUUCAACUCCAUAUGGGUCUGGUGAGCUGCCAUUGUAUACUGGAAGAAUAUCCUGCAAUGGCGAUGAAAAGUCAUUGGACCAAUGUCACCACGAAACAAUUGAAGACUCGCCUUGUAAUAACCAAAGAGUUGUUGGUGUUGUAUGCCAAGGUGGUCCGAUGAAACUUGAACCUUUUGCACAUACGGCAUAUGAAGGUAUUUUUACAACUUCACAUGCCGAUAAAUGGUAUCACUUUACCGGAAACAUCACUGAUCUGACAGCUAAGACACUCUGCAACAUGACUGGUUUCGGUUUUAAGGGAUAUGGAAUAAGUCUUCCACAGAGUUCUUCAAAUAUUCAAAGACAAUCACUCCAAUGCUUUGGGGGCGAAACGAAUGUUUUGGAAUGCACAUCGGAAACUGUUCAAUGUUUGCGAGUCGGCUGGCGUGGGGUAUGCGAGUCAUGGCCGCAAAGCGUUCUGGGUCUCUACUGUAAUGAUUAUAAUAUCGAGAAUGUACUGCUGAUAUCUUUAUUUCCGUAUGGAGGAGCAUUUGAGGUGCUUGUCGACAGUGAAUGGGGGUCACCUUCUGCAGAACUUGGUCUUAUUGAAGCGCAAAUUAUUUGCAAACACUUCGGAUUCGUUAACGCUCAAAACACGAUUAAACUGUCGGAACCGUACCAACAUUUCAAAACAAAAUUAAAUGGUGUUCUGCGAUGCAAAGGAAACGAAUCAUCUCCGUUUGAAUGUGCAUUCAAGCACCAAGGUUACCUGGGUGUAACGGACGUAGGCUUUACGUUGGUUAAUUGCUCACGAGAAUGUCGACAAGGCAGAUAUGGAUUCGGACGUUGCGACAAAGACUGCUUGUGCAUUUCGGCAAACACUAUUAUCUGUGAUCAUGUGUCGGGUGAAUGCACAUGCACGUCCGGAUGGGCUGGUUCAUACUGUGAAACAGAUAUCAACGAAUGUCUUACUCAAAACAUUUGUCCUGAUGGUAUGGAUUGCGUUAACCAGAAUGGUUCAUAUGAAUGCACAUGUCGACCCGGAACUAUGGUGUCAGAUGAUCUAAGCCGGUGUAUAGAUUGCCCAAGACAGUCUUUCGGUUGGAACUGCGUUUCAAGUUGCCAAUGUAGUUUGCAAAAUAUCCUUACUAAUGGCAGAGAUUGUGAUUCAGUCACUGGAGAAUGCCAGUGUUCGCAUGGUUGGGCGGGGACGUUGUGUGACUCCGAUAUUGAUGAGUGUCUUAACCGUUCGGUAUGCAGUGAGGUUAAAACGGAGUGCAGAAAUGAAGAAGGAGGGUUUAGGUGUGACUGUGUAGAAGGAUACGCUCGUAACAACAAUCAUACAUGUUUUGCUAUCAAAGUCGAAGAGAAAGGUAGCUCUAAUACAUUGCUUAUAGUGAUAAUCUGUGGUUGCUGUCGUAUUGGUGUGCGUGUUAGUUGGAGUCUGCUGCUAUGUAAACAGAAAGCGACAGAACGGCAGGCCAAAAACGUUGGCUUCUAAUUUCCCAAUGACUCAAGGCAUUAAAGACGUUUUUCAAAGUUCAACCGUAUUUGAAACUUGCUCAGAAAUUCAAGAGUCAUCUUAUUGUACAAUAAAUGACGUAGGAAACUACGAACGUUUGCAAACGUUCCCAAUAUCAAACGCGGACUACAAAAC